AUGAACAAAUUUUAUCUACAGCGCUCCUUCAGGGGCCAUAAAGCUCCGAUCAACUGUAUGUGCUUCAGUGAAGAGGGCUACCUAGCUAGUGGAGGGGAUGACGGACAUAUCAUGCUGUGGUCAAUGGCUGAAUCGUCUGAAAUCCUACGCAUUCGGCCAAAACAAGGCCCUAUAACGGCCUUGAAGUGGGUAGUUGGUUCACUAACAUCUGCUGAAAAUUUCCUUCUGUCAGGUGGCGCUGAUGGGACAAUGCAACUGCGAAAAUUGAGUGGUGACAAGGUAAACGUACUUUUGAGCACACAGACAGUAUUCCCAGGUGCGGUGAUGAGCAUUGAGGUAGAGGACGCUCAGGGUAUAAUUGCUGCGACGGGACCAGGCAGAGUCGUCCUCUUCAGACUUUCUGUAGGAAAACUUGAGCCCUUGCAGUGUUUACUGGCGGAUCCGCCGUUCUCCCAGGACCCGAGACCAGCGCUUGUUGUUUCAACACACUUCUUCCAGAAAGGCAAGAGCAUUCUCGUUUCCUAUCUCGAUUCUCGUGAGAUCGUGGCAUGGAGCAUUUCACCUUGGAAAGAGUUGUGGAGGCAAAAAUUUGGUAACCGCAUCGGUAGUUCAGCAUAUUCAGAUUCCCUAGGCUCUCUUCUUGUGUGGAAUCUUGUGGAUGGAAUCAAUGUCUACAGAUUAACAGACAACCCAACCUGCCAUCUGUUACUUGUACAGACACUCCGUAUAAAGAUCAGGCGUAAUCGGAUUUGUGAUGUGCAAUUUGAUUCCACUGGGGAAUUUGCCAUCAGUGGCAGCGAUAACGGGGAACUGCACUUGUGGAACAUUGACAGCGGCCAGCUGGAUCAAGCACUCUGUCAUGGC